CUUCAGCUUGUCUAAAUUACUUCACUCAGCUCCAGCUCGCCUAGGAUUCUCGGCUCGAAUCCAGCCGUCAACUCCAUUCUUAUUGUCAACGAAGCCCAAAACGCCAUUUCUCCGUCGGAUCCGGAUCUGUUUCCUCCGCUACGAACCGCGUAUUCUACUUUUGGAGUCAGAGGUGAUUCGGUUGCUGCUGGAGCUGUGAGUAACCCAUUCUUCGUUCGGAUUUUAGUGGAGGUCUGAAGGACUUAUUAAAGAGUUGUACUCUUACUGAUUAAGGCUCGAAUUUCCUUCAGAUUUGCAUAUUGUUGUGUUAUUGUUGACAAUGGUCGAUGCUGGGGUUGGAACUGUUGCCAAGAAGUUGGAAGAAUCGACAAGACUUCGGUUGAGUUAUUUGUGGAAUCACAAAAGCAACCUUGAGGAACUUAAGAAAGAAGUUGAAAGGGUGAGGGAUGUUAGAGCUGAUUUGCUGAGUUCAAUGGAGAGAGCUGAACGCCGAGGGGAACAGAUAGAAAAUGAUGUUGAGAGGUGGCUGAAGAAUGUUGAAGAGUGCAUCAAUAAUGCGACGAUGAUUAUUGAGGACUUUGAGGGGAGAGCAGGUAUUCGAUGUUGCAAGGGGCUGUGUCCAGAUUUGACAACCCGGUAUCGGCUUAUCAAGAAAUCAGUGAAGGAGUUGAAGGCUGUAAGUGGACUCUUGAAAGAUAGAAACUUUGAUAGAGUUUCAUAUGUUAUCCAUCAACGGGACAUAUGGUCUAGAUAUUCUAAGGAUUAUGAGACCUUUGAGUCAAGAUUGUCCAUUUUUAAUGAUAUAUACAACGCUUUAUGCAAUGAUGAUACCAACAUGAUUGGAGUGUAUGGGAUGGGGGGCAUUGGCAAGACUGCACUGGUGAAGCAAGUUGCCUGGCAAGCCAAGGAAGACAAGUUGUUUGAUGAAGUGGUUCUGGCAUUGGUAAGCCCGACUCCAGACAUAAGAAAGAUCCAAGGAGACAUUGCAAAUCAGCUAGGUCUUCAAUUCCAUGAGGAGAAUGAAUCUGGAAGAGCAAGGAGGCUACGUGAUCGAUUGAAUCAAGAGAAGAGAUUCCUUUUAAUCUUUGAUGAUAUCUGGGAAAUUCUUGAUUUGGAGAGAGUUGGAAUUCCUUUAGGAAACGAUCAUCAGGGAUGUAAAAUUAUGCUGACGUCAAGAAUUCAUGAUGUAUCAGGUAAGAUGGGUUCUCAAUGUAAUUUCUUGGUUGCUGCUCUGAAGGAAGAAGAAGCUUUUAGUCUAUUUAAGAAUAUAGUAGGUGAUUCAAUUGAAAAUUUUGAGUUCCAAUCCUUGGCAGUUGAAUUUGUCAAGGCAUGUGGAGGUCUGCCUAUUGCCAUUGUUAAUAUUGCAAAUUCAUUAAGAGGCAAGAGUCUAUUUGAAUGGAGGGAGGAAUUCCAGACUUUGAGCCAUCCUUCGUCAAGGAAAUUCACUAGAAUGCUUGAGGAUGUUUGUUCAACAAUAGAGUUGAGUUACUACCAUUUAGAAGAUGAGGAACUCAAGUCAAUAUUUUUGCUUUGUGGUCUAAUAAAUUAUACUGAUGAAGCUUCUGUUAUGGAUUUAUUGAAAUAUGGAACUGGUUUGGGUUUGUUUAAAGGCAUCAAUACUCUGGAAGAAACACGAGAUAAGUUAUAUUCAUUGGUUCAUGAACUCAAAAGCUCUUGUUUACUGCUUGAUGGUCAUAACCGUGAAUGGUUUUCUAUGCAUGCUAUUGUUCGUUAUGUUGCCUUAUCAAUUGUAUAUAGAGAUCAACAUGUUUCUGCACUGAGAAUUAAGACUAUCCCCAAGGAUUGGCUAAAUAGGGAUACAGUAAAAAGUUGCAACGCAAUCUGCAGUCAUGAUGGUGACAUUAGCGAGCUUACUGAAGGAUUGGAAUAUCCAGAAGUUGAAUUUGUCUAUUUGAAUCUGAAGGAUUCUAUUUCCAAAAUCCCUGACAACUUUUUUUCAGGAAUGACAAAACUCAGUGUUCUAAGUUUGACCAAAGUGCAUUUAGUGCCACUACCUUCCUCACUUCAUCUCUUAAUAAACCUUCGAACACUUUGUUUCAAUCAAUGUGUACUGGGAGACUUAGCUGGUAUUGGAGACCUGAAGAAACUAGAAAUCCUUAGUCUUGUCUGUUUGGAUAUUGAGCACUUGCCAAGAGAAAUAGGUCAAUUGACGAAGUUAAGGUUGUUAGAUUUGAGCAAUUGCUCUAAUCUAAAAGCUAUAUCAUCCAAUGUUAUAUCUAGUUUAUCACUAUUAGAAGAAUUGUAUAUGGGUAAUAGCAUUGUUGAAUGGGCGUAUGAAGGAAUCAACAAUGAAACAUAUGCUAGCCUUCAUGAGUUGAAGUUUUUGUCUUUACUAACCACUUUAGAACUUCAUAUUCGAGAUGCCAAACUACUACCAGUGGGCUUGUUCCCUAAAAAGCUGAAAAGGUACAAAAUAUACAUUGGAGAUGAAUGGGACUGGCAUGAUGAGUAUGAGUACAAAAGAACUUUGAAGCUCAAACUCAAUACCAACAUUGGCCUGGAGAAUGAGAUUGUCAUGCAGUUGAAGGAAAUCGAAGAACUUUAUCUAGAUGAAGUCCAAGGUGUCAAGAAUGUACUUUAUGAUCUUGAUGCAGGUGGUCUCCCAAAAUUAAAGCAUCUCUCUGUCCAAAAUAAUCCCUACAUUUGGUGUAUAGUUGACUCAGUGGAGUGGCUACCUUGUGACGCCUUCCCACUCUUGGAGUCAUUGUUUCUUCGUAAUUUAAUUAACUUGGAGAAGAUAUGUCAUGGUGAACUGACAGCAACAUUUUUCUCUAACUUAAGGAUGAUAAAAGUGAGAAACUGUGAUAAAUUAAGAGAUUUCUUGUCGAUCUCUGUUUUUAGAGGCCUUCCAAAACUUCAAAAUUUUGAGUUGAUUAAAUGCAAGAAUAUGGAAGAGAUUUUCACAAUUGAAAGAGAAAGUGAAAAGAUUGACUUUCAUCAAUUACGCUUCUUGAGUCUAAAAUUUCUUCCACGGCUCACAAGCUUUUACCAUGAAGUGAAGUCACAUUCUGCUGUACAAAUUACGCACAAGGAAUUGACAACUGAUAAAUUAUCUAAUGAAGUCAUUUCGGUGGAUGACUUUGAUGUUCCCAUGCCAUUUUUUAGUGGAAAGGUUAUGUUCUCUAACUUGGAGGCCUUGGAACUUUGUGCAAUUAAUUGUGAAAAGAUUUGGCCUUGCCAACCUCCAGCACUGCCUUCUUUUCAAAAUUUUACAAGCUUGAUUGUGCGAGGCUGUGAUAAACUAAAGCAUCUUUUUCCAUCCUUCGUAGCCAGAAGUUUUGUCCAGCUCCAACACCUUGAGAUAAGUAACUGCAGGGUUUUGGAGGACAUUGUUACACAGGAAGACGAAGCAGAGUUUACUAAAUUUGUCUUUCCACAAGUAACCUUUCUGAAACUCUGGGACCUACCAGAACUGAGAACUUUCUACCGUGGGAGGCAUACUUCAGAAUGGCCAUUGUUAAAAAGGUUGGAGUUAAGUGGUUGUGACAAAGUAAAUAUAUUCACUUCAGAGUCUUUUAAGUUCCAGGAAAUUAACGAGGCCCUGCUGAAUAUUCCCGUGCAGGAAGCUCUCUUCUUGGUGGAGAAGGUUGUUACCAACUUGGAGGAAUUGAAAUUAAGUGGCAAAGAAAUUACGAUGAUAUUCCAGGGCCAAUUCCCAGAUCACCUUUUUCACAAUCUGAAAAUGCUUGAGAUCAUGAAUGAUAGGUCAGAAAAUUUCCCACUUGGUAUCCUUGAGACAUUUCGCUGUCUGGAAAAGCUUGAAGUAAGAUCAAGUUCAUACGGAGGGAUAUUCCCUAAUGGAGACGCUGUGAGACAUGCUCCAAUGCUUGAAUGCAUAAAAAGUUUGAAGUUGUGGAAACUUCCUGAUCUGAAGUACAUCUGGGAACAAGAAUCUGAAACAGAUUCUAUUCUUCAAAAUCUUGAGAUUCUGGAAGUAUGGUGGUGUGAUGAUUUGAUUAAUCUGGUGCCAUCCUCAGUUUCUUUCCAAAAUCUUACAAUUUUGGAGUUAUGGUGUUGCAGAAGAUUGAAAAGCCUUCUAGCACCAUCCACAGCCAAAAGUCUUGUGAGACUCGAAAAAAUAAGUAUAGAAGGAUGUGAAAUGAUGACAGAAAUAAUAGCAAGUGAGGUAGAUGCGGGAGAACAUGAGAUUAUUUUCAGAAAAUUGAAGUUUUUGUCACUUGAAAAUUUAGAAUGUCUCGUAAGUUUCUGUUCUGGCAAUAGCACCUUCACAUUCCCAUCUCUGGAAGAUUUGUUUGUGAUAGAAUGUCCCAUGAUGAAGAUUUUCUCUACAGGAGUCUUAGAGACACCAAUGCUAAAUAAAGUUAGACAAAAUCAGGAAGUAGAUGAAGGGUUUUGGCAAGGUGACCUCAAUGCAACCAUAAAAUGGUUAAGCAAAGAAAAGAAUGUCCAGAAUUUUGAAGAAGGUUGUGAUCAUCCUUUUAUUUAUCAUGUGGAGUAAGGCCAUUUUGCAAUUUGAUUUGCGGGUGAGUGCCACAAUUUGCUUUUGUUCAUCUUAUGCAACCCUGUGGCUUGGCACUAUUUGUAUAUGUAGUCCACAUUUUCAAACACUGAGCUUUAGACUCAAACAUGCUGAAGAAAGAUAGGACCCAUCAUAUGUACAGCUGAGAUACCUAAUGAUUUUCUGAGCAAGGCAAGCAGAAGUCUAUCAAGAAACAACAUUCUAAAGAAUCUUACUGCCAGAAGCCUUGAAGUGCAAAAAUUUCAGCUGGCCAUGAUAAUCAGCUUCUGUAAUUGCAAGAUGAGUUAUUGCUUACUAUAUUUCAACUCAGAAAAUGCACCAAAAUGAGACUUCUGAAUAUGGCAAAUUUACUGUCCAGCUUUAGAUGCACUAAGUGCUGUUUGGAAGAUGGUGAAAGGUAGGGGUGGCUUUGAGCCCAGCUGGCCUUAGGCUUGAAUCCACUUUCAGAUUGAACAUGCUGAACUCAAGCUGGAACUUCAGUUCAACAGCUUGGCUCAAGUUCGGAUCGAUUUGCCCAUCUGACAACACUGUUCUCUCCCCUAGCAACAUAGCUCAUCUCUCCGAUGACACUGUUUACCCUUAGUUGGCAGAACUGCUCACUUUGUGGUAGGCCUAAGAAGAUACGAUACAUCAGCACAAACGAGCUCGAGCUCGAGCUCAAGCUUAAAUAUGAGUUGGGCAUUAUGGAUUCGAACCAAGUUUAAGUUGGGCCCUUGUUCAGCUUGGUUAAACUCAAGUCCACCCCUUGUUAAAGAGCCGUUCUGUAUGUGUCUGCUGGAGGGAUUGGAUUUAUAGUCUACUUAUUAAACGUAAUGGUCCCAAUCUACCAUAUAUAUGGGCUCCUGUAUGACAAAUUCAGUAACAUUUCUACAUUUGUUCUGGACUUAUUUGGUUAUGGUUUGACCUUUUUUUUUGUUUAUCUGAUCAGAGUGAAAAACAUCAGCUAUGCCCACAAUAUUGAUAGAUUUUAGUUCUUUUUAUUUGUUCA